AUCUGAUGGAUCCUAUUCUGCCACAUGGCAGCUGGGAUUGAAGAAAAUAAAAGUAAAAAUAGCGUGAAAGGGCAAAUUGGGGAGUAUGAAUUGCAGCGGUUACUCCAUUGCUGAGAUCAUGCUAAAUUCCUAUUCUAUUUCAAGCUAAUAUGACGUCCGAUUUCAUGAAAUCUUCCAGUCCCAGCGUUGUCUUCUCCUUCCCAAAUUCUGCCGAUUUUGGAGUGUUUGACAUCAUAUUUCAAUGGAGAAUGUAAAUCCUGAUUUGGAGUGGAGUAAUUUCCCAGAAGUUUCAUGUGUGCCACUAUGUUCCGCUGAACUUAUACCCAUUGUUGGUAAGAACUUCAAUACCUUAGAUGAAGGCAUUUCAUUCUAUGAUGCGUAUGCACGCGCAACAGGUUUUGACACACGAAAACAUGGAAACAAAGCUUCACGUGAGUUGGUUACUUGGCAAUAUCUAGUGUGCAAUAGGCAAGGGGUGAAGAAGGGAAUUGAAAUAGAUCAGAUUCACGCUCGUGAAGGAUUCAUUACCAAGCGUAGACGUACAUCUAAGAGGUGCGGUUGCAAGGCUAGAGUGUCUCUCAAGUACGUUUUUGAGGGUAGUUUUGUUGGGUAUGUUGUGCAUGAGUUUGUGGAUGUACACAACCACAGUCUGAUUGAGCUUCCUCUUCGACGAUGGAUGCAUUUAAAUCGUAAACUGGACGAGGUGCAUAGGAAAUUCAUAUGGGAUUGCACGAAAGCUAAUAUCAGUCCCACAAUGACCUUCAAAUUUCUCAAUGAGUUUUUGGGAGGUUAUGACACUGUUGGAAUCACAUUAACAGAGCUUAGGAAUUAUGUUCAUGGUCUCAAAUCAUAUGUGGAAGGUUCUGAUGCACAGAUGUUGCUAGAUGAAAUGCGUAGGAGGAAGGAGGCGUGUGAGGGGUUCAGUUAUCAAUAUCAGCUAGGUUCUGAAAACGAGUUAAAAUCACUUUUCUGGUUUGUUAAUGUUAUCCCAGAGAAGUACUACAAUGGGAGGUGGUUGAAGUCUGCUUUAGGUAAGGCUGUCCAUGGAAAUUUGGGAAAAGAGUUAGACGCUCCAGUAAAUGCGAAGCAGCUUGCAAAGAAUAAAGCUUAUCGCAUUUUCUAUGGUUUGAUUCAGAAAUAUGAAGGUGACAUUGACAAGAUUACUUCAUUUUCAGCUGGAAUGCUUGAGUAUGAUCGAAAGAAGGAAAGUGACUCCCCUAAUAUGUCAGUUGGUGAGAAUGGGAACACGGUUGAAGAUUUUUAUUCCAUUGAAAGACCGGCUUUAGUUGAAGUUCAGCCACCAAAUGUGGUGCAGACCAAAGGUUCAUGCAGCGACUCGGCAAGUCGUUUGGUGUCCGCAAAAGAGAAGGCAGUGGUGCUUGCAAGCAAACCCAAGCGUAGGUGCGGGAAAUGUCGUGAAUUGCGUCACCAUGACUCUAGGAAUUUCCGUAAAAACAUGGAAACAACCAAGGCAUUAGUCAUUUCUUCCACUAUUUCUAUAUUUCAACAUUUCUUGCACUGCUAA